AAGAUGCAGGCUGCUGAGAUGCUGCGUGGUACCAGGGACUACCUACGUCUUGUGUUCCUAAUUUCUCUCGCUAUUGGUUAUGUCCAUUCGUUACCACUUCAAAUACUACCCAACAUCCCAGGUUACAUCCCUGUGUAUAUAAGGCAUGGGGAUCAACCUUUGGAAGAAAUAAAUCCCGCGUUAGCGGAGGCAUUCCAUGAAGGACCGAAUUUACCUAAGGCUAUCAACUUAGCUAAUGUUAACGGUCCCACAGAUAUCAGUUUAGAGGAAGACGAGACGGACAAAAACAAUGUAGAGGCUAUACGUAUUAGACAAGUGGAUAACAAUUUCUCUGAUGAAGAGGAGAAAAUGAAAGACCUGACGAAAAAGGCUACUGAUGUAGACAUAUUAAAGCAAAAAUCUAUCUCAGUGCCCGUGGUAAAGGUCGUUCCAUUGACAAAAGAAGAAGAGGACGCUCUGGCAAAAAUACUCACUGAAGCGAAAGAAGAGUCGAAACAUUUAAGUGAUAUGCAUGAUUCAAAUUUGAACAUAUCAAAUCUAAAAGAAAAUGUACCAUCCUUUAAUCCGGUUGUGAAAUUUGAUCAAAUAGUUUUCGACGAGUUGGCCAAUCCUAAUCUUCCCCCAAUCAAAGAGGUUCCGCAAACUUCCAUGGAGGUAGAUGCUCCUGUGUCUGCACUUAUAGACGAUAAAUUACCUAUUAAGGAACAAUCUCUUCCAAAUGUUUUAUCCAACGUACAGAAAGUCACUGCUUCGCCAGAAAUAUCAGUUCAACUAGAGAGGAAACGGACAAAGAAUCAAUCUUUAGAAGAGAAAUCUAAAUGAAACGAAUAGUACUGUCGUUAGUGAGACUUAUUUAUAUUAAUACGAAAGAUAUAGAAUUUUGUGAUACAUACGUGUUUAAUAGAUCGUACGAUUUAAUUUCUUAACGGCAACUGUUAACUGUCAAAUUACGUUAUUGUAACUUGUUGACUUAGAAUUGCUCGAUGCGUUUAAUGCGUAUAACGUAUAAGUAUACACGUAAAAUAAUACAAUACACUAACACUUGAAAAACAUAAUGCGUUAUUGAAGCGAUUUUAAGCGUGUUAAAUUA